AUGUACUUUUGUGGCGAGCGGAAGUUCAUGAGCUGUGCUGGCGUUUGUGCAGAUCUGAAGUCGGGCCAGGGGCUGACGCUGGCGCCACAGCUCCGCUCGGCGCAGGUGUGCCUCAGCCAGGACUGCAUCCUCUCAGAGAAUCCUCGUGCCUUCAAGAAAAUAUUUCGUUUCGACAUGCUUUCCAUCAAAGGCAGCAUCGGAAACAAUGAAUACCAUUAA